GUGCAGUUCAUCCAUAAUUCAGCGGGAUCGAAGGUGCUUCAUUCACAUUCAUAUACACGGGGACUAACAAUAUUGAAUGUUUAACAACCAUGUUGAACUACUUUAAUGUUUAACUUAGUGUAAAACGGGACGGACGUUCGUUAAGUUUUUUUUAAUAUAAAAGGGUGUCAGUGAGUUUAAAAAAAUGAGUCGAGACACGGAAGCGGAAAUGAAGUCAAAAAUGGACAAGAAAAAGUUUGAAACGUCCAUAAGUGAGCUGAAAACGAAGACUUUCGUGACUCCAGCUGACAUGGUGCACUAUGAUGACGGCGCCGUCACAGAAGAAUAUCUAAAGGCGUACGCACACUCUUUGGAGGACCCUGAGAGCUUUUGGGGUGAGGUUGGAAAAGAAUUAGAGUGGACUCGACCGUGGGACCGGGUCUUAGAUGAGAGCAACCCACCGUUUACAAAAUGGUGGGUUGGAGGAGAGAUGUCCGUGUGCUACAACGCGAUAGACCGCCACGUGGUGAGUGGUCGCGGAGACCAGGUCGCGUUGGUGUACGACUCACCACUCACCGACACUGUCAAGAGGAUCACUUAUUCUGAACUCCAGGAUCAGGUAUCAAGACUAGCAGGCAAGCUGUCAUCACUAGGCGUUACCCGUGGCUCUCGCGUCGUCAUCUACAUGCCUUUGGUACCAGAGGCGGUGAUCGCAAUGCUGGCUACCAAUAGAAUUGGAGCUAUACAUUCUGUUGUUUUUGGAGGUUUCGCCGCAAGAGAACUGAGAACAAGGAUCGAACACGCUGAACCAACAGUGAUCAUUGCAGCCAGCUGUGGCGUGGAGCCGAACAAAAUAGUCAGGUACAAGGAUAUUCUAGAUGAAGCCCUCUGUCAGAGCUCUCACCAACCACUCAAGUGCAUCAUAUACCAGCGACGGCGUGUGCUCGAGUGCAGCUUGGACAAGCAGAGGGACAUAUGCUGGGAUGAGGCGAUGGAGGCAGAGCCGGUGCCUUGCGUGUCCACAGAGGCCAACGAUCCGAUGUAUAUUCUUUACACAUCUGGUACUACUGACGAUCCAAAAGGCAUACAGCGUCCGUGUAACCAUGCGGCCACUUUGUGCUGGUCAAUGCAUACCGUGUAUGGAUUGAAAAAAGGAGUGUGGUGGGCAGCAUCAGACCUUGGCUGGGUGGUUGGACAUUCUUAUAUUUGCUAUGGACCACUCUUGGCUGGUCUAACAACAGUGUUGUAUGAGGGAAAGCCUGAUAGAACUCCCGAUCCUGGACAAUAUUUCAGGAUCAUAGAGCAACAUCGCGUGAAUGCCCUCUUCACGAUUCCAACUGCAUUACGUGUAUUGAAAAGAGCGGAUCCCACCGGCAAAUACGCAAGAAGAUACUGUGGAAAAUCUCUUAAAACCAUUUUUAUUGCUGGAGAACAUUGUGAUCAAGAAUCAAGGCACUGGGGUGAAAGGAUAUUCGGCGUUCCGGUACUAAACCACUGGUGGCAGACGGAGACAGGGUCACCAAUCUGUUCCGCUUUUCUUGGAUACGGAGUAAAGGGUGUCAGACCUCACUCAACUGGAUACCCCGUGCCAGGAUAUGAUUUACGAGCAUUGAGAGAAGAUGGGUCAGAAUGUCAUUCAGGAGAAGUGGGGCGUCUGGUUGCUAAGCUCCCCUUACCACCUGGCUUCGCGUCUACGCUGUGGCAAUCUGAUGAGCGGUUCAAGAAAGUCUAUUUUGAUGCAUAUCCAGGGUUCUACGAUACGCAAGAUGUAGGAUGGAUAAGUGCUGAAAACGCUGUUUGGGUGGUAGCUAGAGCUGAUGACGUCAUCAAUGUGGCUGGUCACAGGCUCUCAACUGCUGCGAUUGAAGACGUUGUGUUAAAACACGCCAGGGUAGCAGACGCCGUGGUUGUGGGAGCUCCAGAUCCGACGAAGGGCGAUGUGCCUUUGUGUCUCUAUGUGAUGCGACCUCCACAGGACAAUGAGGAAAUCGUAGCCGAAAACACAAUAACUCAAGAAUUAAUCGCACUAGUACGACACCUAAUCGGCCCUAUUGCAGCAUUCAGAAAGGCGGUUGCAGUUCCUGCCUUGCCACGCACACGUUCAGGGAAAAUGUUGCGCAAAGCAAUUUCAAAUAUGGCGCGAAGUCAGCGUGUUAAACUACCCGCAACUAUCGAAGAUCCCAGUGUUUUCGGCGAAAUCAAAAUUGCUCUACAGAAAUUCGGCUAUGCUAUUGACGCACCCGAUCCGGAAAUGUGAUUUUUAAAGUUUUUUAAUUAUUGACUGAAUAAUGUGAUGAAGAAGAAGUCAUUUUUAUUGUAUAUAAUAGAUAUCUAGUUAAGUUAAUCCAAAAAAUAAUAUCUAUCUAUGUAAUUAAUAAUCUUCAUAAAUUAUUUACUUUUAAGAAUAAGUGUUUAAUAUAAGACUUUAUAGGUUAUAAUAAUCGGUGAUUUUUCUUUACUAACGUAAUGAUGAAUUUUAGUAUCAUCUUAUGCCUGGUAUGAACGCUAACUUUUAUUAUGUAUGAAAAAAAAUAUAACAUGCAAAAAUAUAUAAAAUCUAACAUACGUAUUUCUAACUACCCUACUCGUAGAUAAUAAAAAUACCAAGCUAUUUUUAAUAUUAAAUUAUUUUGUUUUAAUUAAAAAGGUUUAACACAUUAUCAUUGUUUAUUCACGGAUUUGGACAUAUAUUUAAAAAUACUUAUGAUAUUCCUAAAAAAAUAUUAUAAUUUCGAUAUGGGUAGACCAUUA